AUUAAGAUGUUAUCUCUCUCACCAAAGCAAGACCACAACCAACUGGUUUUCUUCAUUCCUCUUCCUAACUGACGCUACAACCGACUCCAUGGAACUUUCCCUUCUCCCUUACCAGCACCACAAAUCAGCAUUCUUUAACCACUCUCUCCCCUCCAUUACACUUACAAGAAAGAGGCCUCCCAAUAAGAGUAUUGUGUUGCCAUUUCGCUGCUCGUCACGUUCCUCAGAGGCGACAGCAGAACCAGUAACACUAUCUUUACAGCAUGAGGGAAGGAGGGGAUUGAUGGGUUGUUUUCUUGCAGCAGCUACUGGCAUUUGUCUCUGUGACGUGGCUGGCGCUGCUAGUACGAGUAGAAGAGCUCUUAGAGGAGCAAAAAUACCUGAAAGCGAGUAUACAACCCUUCCCAAUGGCCUAAAGUACUAUGAUCUGAAGGUUGGCAGUGGUCUUCAGGCUGUGAAGGGAUCUCGGGUUGCAGUUCAUUAUGUUGCUAAAUGGAAGAACAUCACUUUUAUGACAAGUAGACAGGGGCUUGGUGUUGGUGGUGGAACGCCUUAUGGAUUUGAUGUUGGUCAAUCAGAGAGGGGCUCAGUCCUUAAAGGAUUAGACCUUGGUGUUCAAGGGAUGCGGGUAGGAGGUCAGCGGCUGCUGAUAGUUCCUCCUGAGCUAGCUUAUGGAAGCAAAGGGGUACAGGAAAUCCCUCCAAAUGCUACAAUUGAACUGGACGUUGAACUACUGGCCAUCAAACAAAGCCCAUUUGGGUCUCCUGUAAAAAUUGUUGAAGGAUGAAUUGGUCAUGUUUUUCUACUUCUUGUCAUUUGCUUAACCAGUGUAGAAGCCAACAGCUUUUGGCAAAGUUGGAAGACUGCCCUGUUUUACCUUUAUUGUGGAUAAUGAAGCUGCUUUCGGUUGUUCUUGGACUGGGAAAAAAGUGUGUGAGCACAUUUUGACAUCAUAUUAUUCAUAUUACUGUAAUUAGUAGUUGUAUCUUUUGAUAAGAUUUUUAGCAUCUCGAAAAGUUAUAAAAAUGCUAUUCUGGUGGGA